GAAGAGAUUCCUUUGGAGGGCGGCUCUUGCUCCUGCUUGCUUGCUUUUUUGUGUUUGAACUCUUUUGGGUGGCAUGGGGAUGCACUGUUUGGGAUUUUUCUUUGAUACUUUCAACUUAGAAGUUUUUUCCUCCUUGAGCUCAAUAAAAGCAGAGGCUGAUCAGCACCUAUAAAGAGUUUUGCUCAUUCUCAUCCAGGGUUAAAAUAAAAGAGGAAGUAUCCCCUUAAGGUUUUAGAGAGUUGUGUACAAGCAGUGAAGAUCUAAAACAGAGAUACUGAAGAAACAGCAGCCUUCAGAUUUUUGUAUUACAGAUUGAGAUUUUAUUUCCAUCAGCUAGCUGUCCAUCAUGAAGCUGAAUCUUUUUCUUCUUCUGCUUCUCACUGGACUGGUCCCAGUUGCUGUCCUGCGAACCGUCCUUCACAAAUAUGACCUGAUAAUGACAGGGGCGACAUGGCCUGUUGCACAGAAUUACUGCAGGGUGACUUACAAUGAUCUGGCAACAGUCAUAAGUGAUACUGAUUGGCUAAGAGUAAAGAAACUUACAGCAGACAAAAAUCUGGCAAAAAAUGCCUGGGUCGGAUUAUACAAUGAUGUCAAUAGCUGGCGCUGGUCCUUAAACGACCUCCCACUGAAGAAUGUCACUUAUACCUGCUGGUCCUCUGGAGAUCCUAAUAAUCUCGGUGGAAAUGAAGCAUGUGUUAUGAUAGGUGGCACUAAUGCAUGUUUUGAUGCACCAUGUAUACAUCCAAAACACUUCAUCUGCUAUAAUGCUAAUUUCAGUGGUGCUGCCCGGUUUAUUGGCAUCACUAUACCUCUGUCCUGGCCUCAAGCUCAGGCUUACUGUAGAGAACAUUACACAGAUUUGGCCAGCGCUCUUAACAGUUCAGAUCAAAACAUGUUAGGGCAGGUGAGGAACAUCCAGGGUGAUUCCUGGAUUGGGCUCUACAGAGACUCAUGGAAGUGGACAGAUGGAACCAUCACUUCAAACCUACCAUGGGCUUCUGGACAACCUGAUAAUCGUUAUGGCAAUGAGAACUGUGCAAUGGUUUAUAACGGAGUGUUCUAUGAUACAGACUGCAACAACCUGUUUUCUUUUUUCUGUCAUUCCAUUUACACUAUGUGGAGUCAGACAGCGAGACUGCAGGUGAAGUCUGAUGGCAGUGUGUUUGAUCCUACUGUUCAGUCGUUCAUUUUAGAGCAGAUGAAGCAGAAACUGAAAGAACAUGGCAUGUUGGAGAACACCACAGUGACCUGGAGGGUGCAGCCAGAUGGAAACAUCUUCAAGAAGAAAAAAGAUGACCUGUAACAUCUAAAUGUUCACCUUCAAUUCCAGCAGAUUGUAAACUGACUGAAACGUAUUUAACCUUCAAUAUUUAAGCUUUAAUCAGAAGGGGGCGGUAGAGGACAAGAUUAACUAGAAGUAGAAGAACAAACAUCUAAUUUUAUUGCUCUGUUUGUAACACAACCACUUUGACUUCAUCUUAAAUUUAACUUUAGUUUUAAUGUUUUGUCAAAUAAUUAUUAUUUAAUAUGUUCAGCAUUUGCUGCAAGCUGCCACUGGACACAGUGAUAAGGAGAAAGUCAAAGAGGGUCUUUUCAUAUACUGGGUUUAAUACAUCAGUGUGUCGUAGUAAAGAAUAAAUCCUAUAUAGAAUAGAGAGAAUGUAACAGAACCUGUAAAUACACUGUGUACUUAGAACAGUCAGAUGUAAUGACCUUGACACUAUUACUGUCCUUUUAUUCUAAUCUCUAUUUAGAUAUAAUUACUUAUUUUGUUGUUUUUUAUUCUAAUUUCUGUACUUAUGGGCUAUAGGGUUAUACAUUAAUAUUAUCAAUAAACAAUUUAAAAAUAAAA